AUCUUUAGCCUAGCCUAGUCGAGGCGUUGUAUGGCAGCAAUGUUCUUAUGAAAGACUGAAUUUGAAAACUUGUAGGCCUAAAUAAAGAUGUGAGGAAGUUGCGAGUUAAUUUUAACGAGGCCUAAUUUUAAUUAACAUUUCCAAUUGAAUUGCGAAAAGAAAUUUGAACGAAUCUUCAUAGGAGGGGAGGCUACUCUGUCUGUCGACGGGUCGCCGGCACAAAUAAUGUCUGUUCUUAGGAACCGUGGGUGCGCCCUUGCAAGGGCGAGACUUUCAGCUAACCUCUGUUUGAAUUCAACUGUCGCUGGCACUUUGAGACAUAAAUCAAGUACGAAACUGGGUAAAGAGGCCGGCGAAGGGGACUUUGCUGUGUGCCAGGAGAGGAUUUUCUCCGGGAUACAGCCCACCGGGAUCCCUCAUAUCGGUAACUAUGCCGGAGCUAUCAGCAACUGGGUGCGCUUGCAGAAGAAGUUUUCUGGAAACAUUUUACUCAGUAUUGUGGACUUGCACUCCAUCACACUGCCGCAGGAUCGGGACCAGUUGUGGCAAAAUAUCCUGGACAUGACAGCAUGCUUGUUGGCCUGUGGGAUAGAGCCAGAAAAGACAAUCCUGUUUCAGCAGUCUCUGGUCCCACUACACUCUGAGCUGGCCUGGAUCCUGGGGUGUCUGUGCUCUGUGCCGCGGCUGCAGAGACUCCCGCAGUGGAAGGAGAAGAAGUCUUCAGUGAAGGAACCCAGUGUUGGCCUACUGACCUAUCCCAUCCUGCAAGCGGCAGACAUCUUGUUGUACAAGUCUACUUUGGUUCCUGUCGGAGAGGACCAGACACAACACAUCGAGCUGACGCGGGACUUGGCCAGAGCUUUCAAUCGCCUACAUGGGACUGUUUUUCCUGAGUGCAAGAUGCUAUCAGGGGAAGUACCAAAGAUUCGCAGCUUGCGGAAUCCCACCAGCAAAAUGAGCAAGUCGGAGGCUAAUUCAAAAAGCAGAAUCGACUUGCUGGACAGUCCGGAAGUGAUUCUGGAAAAAUGCCGGAAGGCCGUGACAGACUUUACCUCAGAGAUUUCCUAUGACCCUGAGGGUCGGCCGGGCGUCUCAAACUUGAUCGAGAUCCACAUGGCAAUGGCUGACCUGACGGAGGAUGAGAUUGUGGAAGAAUCGUUCUUGCUGGCAGAGGAUACAGGGAUGUACAAAAUGAGACUUGCGGGCAUCAUCGCCGAGUCACUCGCUCCUGUCAGGGAACGGGUGAUUGCCUACCGGAAAGAUCCGGACUUCUUGACGGAUGUGCUGAAGGAAGGAGCCGCAAAAGCUUCCCUUAUUGCGGAGGAAACAAUGGAGGACGUGCGCAGACUGGUGGGGUUCAGAUGACCCUUGCUUCACACUUAGCCAUUAGUCGUUGUCAGAUUGUCAUCUUUGCUUGAAUGUGCUGCUAGAUCAGUUGGUAUCAUGCUAGACUGUGGAAUGAAUGAUCAUGGUUCUAACCCCUCCUACUGGGUGCUCUUAACUUGGGUUGUUUUUGGGACUUCUCAAAACUCCACCCAUUUGGCUCUGUCCAAUCAGAGAUGGACAUUAAAUUCAGAGGUCCCGCCUCGUAAAUAACCGUAAAGUAUAGAAUGGGGAGUAAAACUAUACAAUUUUGCACAUUUUUUUUUUUUCACCCUUGUUUUUUGUACAGGUUUAUUUUGUGAGAGAAUAAAGAUUUGAUGCUUUA